UCAAUAUCAGCUGAACAAUGAAGUGUGGAAUAACAUCUCGACUGAAACUUCUUUCGACCCAUUUCCGCCCCCGGAAACCCUACCUGCACCCGUACAGCACCCGAACAAGUUGUCAUAGAAUUCACACAGCGACUCCAACACCAGAGACCCCCGGAAACGUGCCUUACUCAAACCCGCUAGCACGCUCCCUUGUCGAGGCGAUAGAGGUCUGCUUAUUAUCAUCACUCUCCCGGAACAGCCCUCGCAUAGUGCUAAUCGAUUCAUAGGCAACAGGUCCAAUCACCCUCGCAGCGUACAUGCGCCAAUGUCUUGUCUCCGACCUUGGAGGGUACUACACGGCAGAGCGCCGGGUCGGGACCGGUGACCAAUUCGGUCGGAAGGGGGAUUUCAUCACAAGCCCGGAGAUCUCUCAGGUCUUUGGAGAGUUGAUUGGGAUAUGGGUUGUUUCUGAAUGGAUGAGGCAAAGGCGUCCGGGUGAGAAGAUUCAGAUUAUUGAACUGGGACCUGGGAGGGGGACGCUGAUGAGCGACCUCUGGAGAGUAUGUGUUCGGUCCUUAGACCACUAUAUAGUGAUUGUGAGUAAUUUGUGGCUGAUGAUGGAAUUAGGCUGUGCUAAGUUUUAAAGCCAUGGCUGAUUCGGUUGAGACAAUAUACCUCGUCGAGGCUUCCCCUUCACUCCGCGAAGCUCAAAAGGUUCUCCUCUGCGGACCGGAAACCAAAAUGAGACAGAUCGAGAAUGGGUUUGCCUGUCAGAGCAAAAUGUCGCCGAAAACAGAUAUUAUCUGGUAUGAAGACUUCAAUUGUAUUCCUCGGGACAAGGAUCGUACUCCCUAUAUAAUUGCUCACGAGUUCUUCGAUGCUCUCCCAAUUCACGCUUUUACAAAUACGGACAACGGUUGGCGGGAAAUACUAGUAGAUGCUUCUCCUAGAGAGGGCCACUUCGUAACUAAAGACGGGGUAUCAAGAUUGGAAACUAGAACUAAUACUCCGGAAUUCGCAUUGACCCUGUCUAAUGCCCCUACUCCCCACUCUAUAUUACUUCCGCAAUUGUCCCAGAGGUAUAAGGAUCUUGCGAAAUUGAAGAAUGCGACAAUAGAAAUUUCACCCAACUCGUUAGGACUCAUGGAGAAGAUUUCACAAAAGAUUGGGGAGGCUGGUGCGGGUGCUGCACUCAUUAUGGAUUAUGGGACCUCUGACACUGUACCUACUAAUUCACUUCGUGGGAUCUUGAAGCACGAGAUUUGCUCACCGUUCUCCCGCCCAGGAGAGGUGGACGUUUCGGCGGAUGUGGACUUUACCGCUUUGGCAGAACAAGCUAUUAAGUCAUCUCAAAAGGUGGAAGUGCACGGGCCGGUGAAGCAGGGUGCAUUUCUGGCAAUGUUGGGGAUCAAAGAACGAACCGAAUUCCUGAUACGCGAACUUAAGAAACCGAACAACAGUUGGGAUAGUCGAAACGAAGAUAAAGAGAAGGCCCUAAGGUUAGGCCACGAUAGACUCGUUGGGGAACAUGCGGGAGGUAUGGGCGCCGUAUAUAAGGCUCUUGCAGUAGUCCCUGUGAGGAAAGGGGGAAGACCAGUUGGGUUUGGGGGUGAGGUAACUGGGAACACGGACUAAUGUAAGAUAAAUUGCAACUUGCAAGGAAGCGCAUAUGUAAAUGUAUUCUAAAGGGUAUGGGUAUCUUAAGCUGGUAUCACACUAGAUAAUACAUUAAAAUCCUGUCACCCC